CUCUUGAAAUGGCCAUUUUAUACCUCAACAAAAAGUUGACUUCUAAUUUAACCUAUAAGUUUUCGUUGACCCGGCCUAAUCGACUCACCGUUAAUUCUCAGUAACUGCGCUUCUAACAGCGUAACUGCGUCCGUUACAGAGGUCUCCGUUAUUGUCGAACGACGACGUUUUAGAGAAUCUGAGACUACAAAGUCGAUCCUCAACUCGAAAAAUCCCCAAAUCAAAACCAAAACCCUAAAAAUCAAUCCCUCUCAAUUUUUUCGAUCAAAUCUGCAUUAUGAGCUGCAAUUCAAGGAAUUCGAAUGUUGAAAGUGGAGGUUGCAAUUCAGGGAUGAUUUCGAAUGUUGAAGCUGGAGGUUUCAAUAGCCGUGGGUUUCCUGUUAAGUGUAAAUGUGGGCUAGACGUCGUCAUGUUAACAUCGAGCACGCCGAAGAACCCUGGAAGGCCUUUCUUUCGGUGCAAAAGCUGUAAAGAUGAUCAUUUGUUCAAAUGGGUGGAGGAUUGUAUGUAUGAAGAGGUUGUAGAUGCUCUACCCAAAAUCUCCAGCAUUGAUAACGAGAUUAUCAAUGCAAAAGCUGAGGUUGCAGUUGAAAUUGCAAACUUAAAGGAGCUAAUGAUAGAGUUGAAAGAAGAUGGACUGUGGAGCAAAAGAGAAAUUCAGAGAUGGAAAAAGAUGACGAAAGUGUGCUUGGUGUGCCUUUGUUUUAGUGUCAUUGCAAUUGUGAUAUCAAUGUUCUAUAAGACAAAAAACCAGAAAUUUGUUUUUGGUUAUUAGUGUGUAAUCGAAUUGAUGUCUAAAUUGUUUUCUCUUGUUGUUGGUCUUUGUUGUUUAGUUUCUGUUUGCUUGUGCUUUUACUAUGUAAUGAAAUGGAGCUUUGCUAAUGGUAA